GUGCGCUGCAGGCGGACGCAUAUUUCUCGUUUUCCCACGCAGCGUGUGUCACCAAAAGCAACGUGAACUUGGUUGCAACAUCAUUGUACUGUACAACAGGCUCGCACCGCGGAUUAAAGCUCAUCUGUUGGGCAGCAGUGUUGGGAGAAGCCCAGACUCAUUACAUCUGUACCACUGUGGAGAUAAUCAUCGGAAAUGAAAGAGGGAAAAGGAUAACCUCAUGCACUGUGUAGACAUGAGAGGAACAAGAAGCACGUGAAGAUGUCCCAGAAGGCAACUAAAACAUGGUGCCUUAGGCUUCUCCCGCUUCUCCUCUUCUUCAUCUCCUUUGUCACAUACUACUGUUCCUAUGCCAUAAUUCAGAGCUACGGAGGCACCAGCAAGUCUCCGAACAGUAGCAAGUCGCUGUGUGGUGGCUGGCUAACCCAGAAGAAGUGGGAGAGCCUUAACUUUAACAUUAGCCGACAGACGCAGCUCUUUCUGAAACUGGAAGAUUUCUUCUGGCGGGAGCGUCUGUCAAAGCUGGCGUUACCUUAUGGCAUUAAAGGCAGUGAGCUGCUGCUACUGAAAAUUCUAGCUGCAAUUCCAAAUUAUCAGGUGCCUGCCAACAUUGAAAACCUGGAAUGCAGAACCUGUGUGGUUAUAGGCAACGGCUAUGCCAUUAAAAACAGCUCGUUGGGAAGCAUCAUCAACAAAUAUGAUGUGGUCUUUCGGCUGAAUGAUGCCCCAGUGAGAGGCUAUGAGGAGGACGUGGGGAAUAAGACCACCAUGAGGUUCUUCUACCCUGAGUCGGCCUCUUACAACCCUGGACUGCACAACCAGCCCGGCACGCUUAUGGUCCUGGUGCCUUUCAAGCUGCAAGAUCUGCGCUGGCUCAAAGAGAUCCUCUAUAACGAGAAGAGGGUCAGGAAAGGCUUCUGGAAGCCCCCUCCCCAAAUCUGGAUGGGUGAUGUUAGCAAAAUCAGAGUGCUGGACCCCCACUUUUUGCACCAGACUGCAGACAGACUGCUUCAGAUUCCUUUGCACCCGCGGAGUAAACAGCAGCCAGUGCAUCCAACAACGGGUAUCCUCGCUGUGUUUGUUGCUCUAAACUACUGUGAUGUGGUCCACAUUGCUGGUUUUGGAUACCCGGACUCAAAGAGCCAAAGGCAGCCUAUCCAUUACUAUGGAUAUGACACCAUGAAGUCUAUGAAGAAUUCUUACCAUGACCUCAAUCAUGAAGCCGAAGCCUUAAAAAGACUGGAGGAUUUAGGAGCCAUUUUGUACCUGCAUCCACAUUUAUGAUGCAUUCACUUUUCCAGCUUGAUUUAAUCCAAAAAAAAAAAAAAAAAAAAGAAAUUAACACCAAAUCACUUAUGAAUUUGGUUUGGGUUAUCCCAUCCAAAUUUGAUCUUAAUGUGCCUUCUGCAGUGAGAUACAAGACAUUUUGCAUCAUUCUUUGGUGACGCAGGUCUAACUCUGAAGAAUGUUUAGUUCCCUGGCGCCUUAUAUUCUGUCAAACAGAAAAAAAAGAGAAGUGAUGUAAUUGCUUUUUUAAUGGCUUUCUUUCGAUCUUUCAAGUACAGUGAUUUUGGUAACGUGGCUCAGCGUUUUGCAUAGCAUUUGGAAGGUUUCUAACUUUAAUGGCUUUAGAACCGCAACUGUCAAACUGAGCUUGCAGGACAUUGACUAUUCACGUGGUGACCUGUUUUUAAUAGUCCAAUUAUUUUGGAUAAUUCCAUUGCUUUGACUUUGUUUUUAGGACCAUGUGAUAGCGCAGGCUUGUAACUGCCACAUCUUUGGAAUCAAGCACUUCAGAUCUACAGCUCAAAUGUUGUCUUGUUUUUUUGUUUUUUUUUUGCUGAGAUUUCACGCAUAUCAUUGAGCUGCAAAACUAAUCAGAGCAGAUUAUUUCUGUGUACACUCACUGGGGUGUGAGAUUAAUUUUCAGUUGUAUCAAAUUUGUUUUACGGUAAAGAGGUGCGUUAGAAUCUAUGGGGAUUUUUCGUGAACUUUUAUUUUAGUUUAAAAGAAAGGUAAAUGAAUCGAUCACAAACCUGAUUUCCAGGAUUAGACUCACUUUACUUAUAGAUUGCUUGGACUGGGAAUACAACUUGUAUUUUGCCUAUUUGUUAGAAUUUUUUAAUUACAGUUUUCUGGGGAUUUUAACUUAUUUAAUCUUUUUGUUUUUUUUCUCGAGAAACAGUACUGAUAAAUUGUACCACUGGAUAUUUUUUAUUGUACAGAAUGAAAUGGAUUUUUAAUUAAAAUUAAAUCAAAAUGAA